AUCCGCUUACUGGUCUCAUUCACUGCAGCAACACAUGGUAUUUAGAUCAGUUCCUGUUGUGCGGAAGUAAAAACUACAGUUUUUGUAACUGGGAAAAUGGAGCAGAGAGGACUUCUGAUGGAAGAUCAAAAAUUCUCCUGUUCCAUCUGUUUGGAUUUACUAAAGGAUCCAGUGACUAUUCCCUGUGGACACAGCUACUGUAUGAACUGUAUUAAAGAACACUGGAAGGGAGAGGAUGAGAGCCGGAUCUACAGCUGCCCUCAGUGCAGGACACGUUUCAGACCGAAGCCUGUACUGCAGAAAAACAUCACGUUGGCAGAAUUACUGGAGGAUCUAAAGAAGAUAGGACUCCAAGCUGCACCAGUUAAUCACUGCUAUGCUGGACCUGAAGAUGUGGCCUGUGAUGUCUGCACUGAGAGGAAGAGGAAAGCUGUCAAGUCCUGUUUCACCUGUUCAGCUUCUUACUGUGAGAAUCACCUCCAACCUCAUUAUGAUGCUGCACCAUUACAGAAGCAUGAACUGCUGGAGCCCUCCAAGAUGCUCCAAGAGAACAUUUGCUCAUCUCAUAAUAAGAUUAUGGAGAUCUUCUGUUGUACUGAUCAGCAGUGUAUCUGUUAUCUCUGCUUAAUGGAGGAACAUAAAGGCCACGAAACAGUCUCAGCUGCAGUACAAAGGUAUGAGAAGGGGAAGCUCAGGGAGAGACGACAACAAAUCCAGCAGAGAAUCCAGGACCAGGAGAAAGAUGUGAAGCUGCUUCAACAGGAGGUGGAGGCCAUCAAUGGCUCUGCUGAUAAAGCAGUGGAGGACAGUGAGAAGAUCUUCACUGAUCUGAUCCGUCUCAUCCUGAAAAGAAGCUCUGAUGUGAAGCAGCAGAUCAGAUCCCAGCAGCAAACUGAAGUGAGUCGAGUCAAAGAGCUUCAGAAGAAGCUGGAGCAGGAGAUCACUGAGCUGAAGAGGAAAGAUGCUGAGCUGGAGAAGCUCUCAAUCACAGAGGAUCACACCCAGUUUCUCCAGAACUACCCCUCACUGUCAGCACUCAGUGAGUCUACACACUCAUCCAGCAUCAAUAUUCGUCCUCUGAGAUACUUUGAGGAUGUGACAGCAGCUGUGGUGGAGCUCAGAGAGAAACUACAGGACAUCCUGAGAGACACAGAGACAAACAUCUCACUAGCAGUCACUGAAGUGGAUGUUUUACUGUCAGAACCAAAGACAAGAGCAGGAUUUUUAAGACAUUCACUUGAAAUAACUUUAGAUGCAAACACAGCACACGCAAAUCUUCUAUUAUCUGAGGAGAACAAAAAAGUAACAGUAAUGGAAGAACAACAGCCUUAUCCUGAUCAUCCAAACAGAUUUACUGGUUGGCUUCAGGUUCUGAGCAGAGAGAGUCUGACUGGACGUUGUUACUGGGAGGUGGAGUGGAGAGGAGAAAAGAUUGAUUUAGCAGUGUCAUACAAAAAUGUCAGCAGAGCAGGAGAGCAGGGGGAAUGUGUGUUUGGUUUCAAUGAAAACUCUUGGUCAUUGUACUGUGAAACAAACAAUUGCAAAUUUUACCACAACAACAUUAAAACUCUAGUACCGGGUCCAGUUUCCUCCAGAAUAGGAGUGUAUCUGGAUCACAGAGCAGGUAUUCUGUCUUUCUACAGCGUCUCUGAAACCAUGACUCUCCUCCAUAGAGUCCAGACCACAUUCACUCAGCCUCUAUAUGCUGGGGCUGGGUUUUAUGAUGAUGGUGACUAUGCAGAGUUUAUCAAACUGAUCUGAGGUCCAGAUGGUUUAAUAUGUAAUAUAUACAUUUUAGUUCCAUUUCAUUUAGUCUCUAUUGUUACUGAGAUAAACUUUAAUUAUUAUGAUCAUCAUCAAUCGGGACGUCAGUCUGUUAGGAAUCCAGUUUGUGUGGGUUGUUUGUGUGUCCCUUCUCUCUACACCACCAGGUGGUGCCCUGUCCUCGUUGGGCCUCCCUGCACACCUGCGGCUUGUUGGUUCGUUACUGGAGGAGUACUU